CGUACGUAAGUAUAAUAGAUGUAUUAUAUGCGUAUCAACCCACUAGACCGAGGCUUAUUUGAUAUUGGGCCAGAAAUCAGAGGGUUUUUGUUUAGUAUUCUCCCUGGUCGGGCCGGGUCGAACGAAACGGUUUUAAAGAAGGUAGAGCCCCAUCGCCAGGAAAACCUCAGUGACCGAGCUUUCAGCAGUCACCGCCCGUCACUCUCUCUUAAGGCCGAUUCCACCGGCAAUCUCUUUCGAUCUUUAGAGGAAUGGCAAUCGAUAUUUCCGGCGAUCGCCAGUACGGUCAGGACGUUCGAACACAAAAUGUUGUGGCAUGUGUAGCAGUGGCAAACAUCGUUAAGUCCUCACUUGGUCCGGUUGGGCUCGACAAGAUGCUUGUUGAUGAUAUUGGGGAUGUAACCAUCACAAACGACGGUGCUACAAUUCUGAAGAUGCUAGAAGUUGAGCACCCAGCAGCUAAGGUUCUUGUUGAAUUGGCUGAACUUCAAGAUCGGGAAGUUGGCGAUGGAACUACUUCUGUAGUCAUCAUAGCUGCAGAGUUGCUCAAGAGAGCAAAUGACUUGGUGAAGAACAAAAUUCAUCCCACUUCGAUAAUCAGUGGCUACAGACUUGCAAUGAGAGAAGCUUGUAAGUAUGUUGAUGAUAAACUGGCUGUGAAGGUUGAAAAACUUGGGAAGGAUUCCCUCUUAAACUGUGCCAAGACAAGCAUGUCAUCAAAGUUGAUAGCUGGUGAUAGUGAUUUCUUUGCUAACCUGGUUGUCGAAGCAGUACUAUCAGUUAAGAUGACAAAUGCUCGUGGAGAAACUAAGUAUCCCAUCAAGGGUAUUAAUAUACUUAAAGCCCAUGGAAAAAGUGCAAGAGAUAGCUUUCUUUUGAAAGGGUAUGCUUUGAAUACUGGAAGGGCUGCACAAGGGAUGCCACUACGAGUUUCUCCUGCACGCAUUGCUUGCCUUGACUUCAAUCUUCAGAAGACAAAAAUGCAGUUGGGGGUUCAAGUUUUAGUUACAGACCCUAGGGAGCUUGAGAAGAUUCGACAAAGAGAAGCUGAUAUGACCAAAGAACGCAUUGAGAAGCUUCUUAAAGCUGGAGCAAAUGUUAUAUUGACCUCUAGAGGAAUUGACGACAUGGCAUUGAAGUAUUUUGUUGAAGCUGGUGCAAUUGCAGUUAGACGUGUUCGGAAAGAAGACUUGCGCCACGUUGCUAAGGCCUCUGGUGCCACGGUGGUCUCAACUUUUGCAGAUAUGGAAGGGGAAGAAACUUUUGAAUCAUCAUUCCUUGGUCAUGCUGAUGAGGUUGUUGAGGAGCGCAUUGCUGAUGAUGAUGUUAUUUUGAUAAAAGGGACAAAAAACACUAGUGCGGUUUCAUUGAUACUUAGAGGAGCAAAUGACUAUAUGCUUGAUGAGAUGGAGAGGGCGUUGCAUGACUCUUUGUGCAUUGUCAAAAGAACAUUAGAAUCAACAACUGUCGUUGCGGGUGGAGGUGCUGUUGAGUCUGCUUUGUCUGUGUAUCUGGAGUACCUUGCAACUACACUUGGUUCUCGGGAGCAGCUUGCUAUUGCUGAAUUUGCUGAGUCAUUGUUGAUCAUUCCAAAGGUACUUGCUGUCAAUGCUGCAAAGGAUUCAACGGAGUUGGUUUCUCAGUUACGUGCGCAUCACCAUUACGCACAAACCCAGGCUGAGAAGAAACAUUGGUCAAGCAUGGGACUAGACCUAUUGAAGGGAACGAUACGUGACAACUUGGAAGCUGGAGUAAUCGAGCCUGCAAUGAGCAAAGUGAAGAUACUUCAAUUUGCGACUGAAGCGGCGAUUACGAUACUUCGAAUUGAUGACAUGAUAAAGUUGGUCAAAGACGAAAGUCAGAACGAGGAUUAGAAGAAAAUGAACUGAACUCUCUACCUUUUUCACACUUUUUUGAUGGAGUAAGUUUUUUCAUGAGAAGAUGUGUGGUGUGUUGUUGCAUUUGAGCCUGUGAAAUGUUUUUGUAGUGUGGUUUGUGUAAUAGACUUAGUUCACUUUGUGAAGGGCAAUCCCCUCUGAUUUGUAAGCCUUAGUGCCUAUAAGAUGAUAAAAUACUUUCAGAUUUAAAAGUUGUUGCUACGGUUUGUUCAAGUUUUGUCCUGACCAAUCUUGACCGCUAGGUCUUGACCGAACCCACACUAAGUAGAUUUAGUGUUGGUCUUCGAUAAAAAACAAUUGACAUU